AUGCGCUCGAAUCUGUUCCUCGCUGCUCUGGCAGCUGGGGCCGCCCACGCCUAUGAGAAACGUGUCUACGUGACCGACUGGACUACCGUCACUGUUACCAAGACUGUCACUGCGCCCGCCGUCACUGAGACCGUCACCCCUGUUCAGCAAGUCCAGGUGGCCAACACCGUUCUCACCACCUCCACUGAAGCCCCCGCUAUUGUGGAGACCAAGUCAACCUCCGACCUUGCCAAGAAGUCCACUGAGGCUGUCCCUGUCAACGAGCCUGCCACCACCCAGGCCGCUCAGGUUCAGCAGGAGCCUGCCACCUCUUAUUUCUCCACCGCUUGGACUUCAACCUUUGAAGCUGCCUCAUCUACCGAGCAGGCCCAGGCCCCGGCUUCGACCUCCUCGACCACCCAGGCCGCCGCCGCCUCGACCUCAAGUCCCGCUCUGCUCGGCAACCUGACCCCAGAGUACAUUUCGAAUGUUCUUCACAACCACAAUGUCCACCGCACCAACCACUCGGUCACUGCGCUCGACUGGCAUGACAAUCUGUAUACCGCCGCCAGGAUCCUGGCCGAGCAAUGCGUCUACAAGCACAACACCGACAUUAAUUCGAAAACCAUUGGUAAAUACGGUCAAAACAUUGGUUAUGGUGUCGCAUACGGGGAGGUUGGUGAGAUGAUUACCAACCUGAUGUACAACGACGAGAUUAGUUAUUACCCCGGCUACGGUACUGCCGACCCCGACAUGUCUCAAUUUGAUAAAUGGGGACACUUCUCCCAGAUCGUCUGGAAGGGCACUACCCACGUCGCCUGCCACACCGAACCUUGCGACGGACUUGGGAAUGUUGAUGGUAGUGGAAUCAUUCCAUUUACUGUCUGCAACUACGGACCCCCCCGGUAA